AUGUCUCUAACAAGGGAGCGGUACCGUCUAACGAUGGACAUGGAAAAUGAUAAUACCGACCGCCGCAUAGCAGAAUUUCGGCGCAAUCUCCAAGCCUACGAAGAAAUGUCCAACCAAAACAACCAAAGCAACAGCACUUCCGAUCCUGAUUCUGGUUACCGCACCGCAACUCCUGAACCAUCACCCUUCGUCGCAGACCCAGACUCUCCACACCUCGCUCCGAGCCCGCGCUUGCAUCCCAACAUCACAACUCGCGCCGAGAAACGCCGUGGUCGCCGUUUCAGCGAUCUGUUUACCAUCUCUCAUCGUGGUCGUGACACUCCGACUCCUACUUUCGAUCGAGAGAACAGACCCAAAAUCUCACGACCCAUUGUGGAUCAAGGAGAGAUCGAAGUUCCCAACCAUGGACCAUACAUCUACAAUCAUCCCAGUCGACCACGUCUGGAUGUUGAGAUACCACGAAGCAGUUUCAGCGAUCUGUGGGGCCAACAAUAUGGUCCUAUUGGUGAUACGGGAUACAAUGUGGAUGGCUUUCAGCAUGAGGUCAGGAACACUCAAAGUGUGGACCUUGGGCGUCUACUUGGUGGCAGUAGAGAGAACUACCGCCAUGAUACCAGAAGAUAUGGUGUCAGUCUUGGUGGCAUCGGUGAUUGGACUGCUCUCGUCUCAGGUACCAGUACGACUGACCUGGCAGUGAGCUCUGAACAUGGAGAAAACACAGAAGCAGAAGAUGGCAUGGUCGCAUCGUAUCUGGCGCCUCUGGUUUCUCCUACUUUGCACUCUUCUUCGUCAUCCAUCACAACAUCAGCUUCACUGCCCUCAAUCUCCGACCUGCCACCUCUGCCACUCUCAACUUCCAACCUACCACCUCUGCCACCUUCGCCUGUAGCUUUGAACGAGGGACCCAACCUGUCGCCUGCCCCCGAAGAGGACCAUAACCCGGCGCCUAUCCCUCGAGAAGGACGCACACGCACACCUACUCUCAGAGGCAGCCACGUCCGCUCAUCAUCACCUCUCACUCGCGAACCAAGUGAACGCUGGCCGCAACAGACACGCCAUCCACUCCGCCAAAACCCGCCUACGCGCCACUUUGUGCCCCCCUUAUCGCCACCACCACCACCACCUCCCUCCUCACCAAUCCAUUUCCCUCCCUCGUCUCCAUCGCCAGCCACUCAUUGGCCCGCUAGCCUCCAACACUUUCGUCCUUCCUGUGGAGUCUUGAUCUCUAACGUCGGAAGUAUGGCUAUGGUGCAGCCAUUUUUGGUCACUGGUGAAAACUAUGAGGAUGAUGAGGGAAGCUUUGUGGAAAGUAAUGCAGAAAGCAGUAUUGUGCAUGUCAGAGAAGAUACGCCUAGUCCUCCGCCUGCUCUGCCUGUUUCCAGGAGGCUUUUUGCAGGUGCUGCCUCUGUCUCGACUACUACCGGGCCUUCUCAUACGCCUUCAGCUGCACAAUCUCAUCAGCGCAGAGGAAGUGGAGGCUUGAGAUCCCUCUGCUGCGGUCUAUUCCCCCCUCGUCGCCGCCACCACUCCCCCACCACGAAUCCAUCGCAACCUCGUCCUCAAAGCCAACAUCCUGCACCCAUGUCUCAGCGUCCAGCCCCACCCACCCACGCCACCAUUUUCGAAGAAGACGCAGAAGACGAACUCGAUCAAGAAAACCAACCCCCUCUCUCGGUCGAGAACCAACCUUCUGCCAUCUUUCAACAACAAACACGUACCAUGAUUGAAAACCAUCCUCCUACCAUCCUUGAAACCUUGGUUGACGACGAUGAUGGACACGACAUCCAUGAGCAGAGAACUUUGCAUCAAGCAGAAGAGCAGGACGCAGAGCAGGAAAUGGUUGAUGAACUCAAUGUGCGAAGAAGUUCUGUACGACACAGUUGGGUCACGGUGUCCAGAUGGUUGGAAUGA